GUUUAUUUUAAUUAAGGAGCUGGGUAUUGAUUAACAGUGAUGGAUUUCACUGUCUCAUAUACAAGGUAUACAAGGUAUUUGAUUCCAAGACCUUGAAGGCAAUCAUUUCAAUAACAGGAUUCUCAAAGGCAAAUUCCAACAGUGAUAGAAAAACAAUUCAAAUGUUGUCAUUUGUAUUUAUUUUAUUAUUCAUUUCAUAUAUAUUUUCAAAUUAAUUGUUUUGACAGGUCAGGCCCUGGCUUUCGUUAGAUUGUGUAAGUGUAAUCAACGUUGUCGCUACCAAUAAAUAAGGUAAGUACUGUAUUACUGAAGCUGUAAUACAACAAAAUUCACCAUUGUGAGAAUUGAACAGAUUUGCAGAAAACAGCCGUGUCCAGUUUCAGCACUAAGGACAGCGACAUUGCAUCACAAUGGAGAAUGUGCUUUAUGGCACCAUUCAAAAAAUGGAAUAAUAAAAAAAACAUGUAAAACAUCAUAAAGGCACAAGUAUACAUAAUACAUCAUAAAUUCAAGUGAAAAUGAACAAAAAUAUUGCAGACGCCAUAUUUCUUUUAAUUAAAUUGAUUUCCAUCUAAUAGUAUAGCAUAUACAGCAGUAUAUAUACAGUCAUUUACUAUAUAUAGUAAAUGACUGUUGACUGACAGACUUUUAUUUGUUUUUUUUCAUCAUUGCUUUUGUUAAGAAACCAAAACAUGCCAGCUCCAAGGACCUUAAAGACACUUGAAAUAUGACAACGCCAGCUUUGUGACAAGUAUACAAGAACAAUAAGAUCUGAGCUCUCAUUAUAAUGACCAUUAAUCAAAGCUAAAAAAGUAACCAAGUGACCAUUGCAUCCAUUGGCAAUGUGAUGGUCACAUAUUGAAAAUGUUUGUGCGUCAUGCCACUCGGCAUUAGGUGCUAUUUUCGUCCUGCCCUGGAAGACAUUCAUCUAGCAUCUACCCACCCUGACAGCAUCCAAUAAACCCACCACUCCCAUUCAUCUCCACACCCACAACAACCCACCCCCACCCACCUUGCACCCCUCUCUCUCCCUCUCUCUCUCUCACACACUCUUCCCGCAGAUUUCCCAGAGCUUUGAAGACUUAAAACCACCGUAAGAUAAUUGUGAUUGGACUUGAAAGACCACUACAUGUGAAAGCACAAGUUCUAUCCAACAGGGGAUCUUCUUUGGUACUAUUUUGGAUCCUUUUUUUGGUUUGCUCCUGGCUGUGGUUAUCAAGUCAUUACUGUUGCUCCAACAAACAAAGAGUUUCCUCAAUGAAAGUCCAGUCCCGGGUCAACUACAGUACUUGAGGACACAGAACAAGAUGACCAUCCACGUCGAGGGUAUCGUGGCCAUUGUUGUUUUUUACCUGGUGAUUCUCUUUGUGGGCAUUUGGGCGGCGUGGAAGAACAAGAACUCGGGAGUUGGUGAUGGAGGAGACCGGAGCGAGAGCAUCAUGGUCGGAGGGCGGGACAUUGGCUUGUUUGUGGGCGUGUUCACAAUGACCGCUACAUGGGUCGGUGGGGGAUACAUUAACGGGACAGCGGAGUAUGUCUACUUGCCUGACUAUGGCUUGGCGUGGGCACAAGCACCCUUUGGAUAUGCUCUCAGUCUGGUACUCGGUGGUCUGUUCUUUGCCAAACCCAUGCGUUCACGGGGCUACGUCACCAUGCUGGAUCCUUUCCAACAGCUCUAUGGAAAGAGGAUGGGGGGUCUUCUCUUCAUCCCUGCUGUCAUGGGAGAAAUCUUCUGGUCUGCGGCCAUUUUAUCUGCUCUCGGAGCUACUCUGAGUGUGAUUGUGGACAUCAACAUCAACAUGUCGGUGAUGAUCUCAGCCUUGAUUGCUAUCUUCUACACUCUUGUGGGAGGACUCUACUCGGUAGCAUACACAGAUGUAGUUCAACUCUUCUGUAUCUUUGUGGGUUUGUGGAUCAGCGUGCCUUUUGCAUUAUCCAAUCCUGCCGUGUCAGACAUCACAGUGACAGCCAAGGAGGCAAUCUACCAGUCGCCCUGGCUGGGGAAGAUUGAUCCCGCAGAUAAAUGGCUGUGGGCAGAUAAUUUCUGUUUGCUGAUGUUGGGGGGGAUUCCAUGGCAGGUCUAUUUUCAACGGGUUCUUUCUGCCUCUUCAGCUACCUACGCCCAGGUCCUUUCCUUCCUCGCUGCAUUUGGCUGUUUGGUCAUGGCCGUGCCCUCUGUCCUCAUAGGCGCUAUAGGGGCCUCCACUGACUGGAACCAGACUUCUUAUGGGGCCCUCCCUCCGAAGGACAAGGAUGAAUCCGACAUGAUUCUUCCCAUUGUGCUUCAGCACCUUUGCCCAUCUUACGUCUCCUUCUUUGGCCUGGGGGCCGUGUCGGCAGCAGUCAUGUCAUCUGCAGAUUCCUCUAUUCUCUCAGCCAGCUCCAUGUUUGCAAGGAACAUCUAUCAACUUGCUUUUCGACAGUCGGCCUCAGAUCGUGAGAUUGUCUGGGUGAUGCGCCUCACAAUCUUUGUUUUUGGAGCCCUCGCCACUGCCAUGGCAUUAUUAACAGGAACCGUGUACGGCCUAUGGUACCUGAGCUCGGACCUGGUCUACGUCAUCGUCUUUCCACAACUUUUAAGUGUCCUUUUCGUCAAAGGAACUAAUACUUACGGCUCAGUGGCUGCCUAUGUUUUUGGUCUUUUGCUACGAAUUGGUGGAGGUGAACCGUACCUGAAACUCCCUCCUUUCAUCUAUUACCCUGGAUGGGUGACCCAGGAGAAGAUCCACCGCCUUACCGGGGAGGUUGAGUACUUUGUCCAGCAGAGGUUCCCUUUCAAGACCAUGUCAAUGGUGGCGUCCUUUUUAGCAAAUGUGGCAUUUUCCUACCUGACAAAGUACCUGUUUGAAAGCGGGACACUGUCACACAAGUACGAUUUCCUCGAUGCCGUGAUAUCGAAGCACAGCAAGGAGAUCAUGGACAAGACCACACUGGUGAGUCACGACAACAUCAUCCUUUCAGAGAUUGCGCCUGUCAAACAAGCCUUGGGUGCAUCCCUCGCCGGAACCUUCAUGAACAGAGAGGUCCUGAGUGAUGACGACGUGUCGAGUCCUGAGGAUUUUAAAACUGAAAACGAGGCAUUCAAGGCACAAUAGGAACAUUUCUUCUGAAAGUGGAGUCAAAACCAGUGGAGCUCUGCAAUGGCUUCCAGGUAAUUCCACAUAUUUUAUUUGAUGGAGAUUCAGAAAAGUCAAUUUCUAAGACUGGUCCUUCCAAGUCAGAUGGUCCAGAGGUGAGACAAGACUCUUACCUUUGGAGAUCAGAUAAAAGGACCAUCUCCAGAUCAUACAGGUCCAAUGGUUCUGUCAUAUUCAUCCACAAAUGUAUAACACAAUUACAUUUUUACUAUCUAUCCUAUUUUGUGUAGCACAGUAUUUCCAAAGCAAAAGGUUGUAAUCCGAAUGGAAAUGAUUAAUGCGGCUGAACAAAGGAACCAUCUUUGACUUGGGAUUUUCAUCUUGAAUGUUGACUAUUUGUAUUAAGUUGUAAAGAAACAAAUAUUACAACCAUAUUUAAGUGCUGCUACAAGUAGGGAGAUACUGCAGGAGUUUUAGUUGAUGGGACUAGUGCAAUACCUUUGUUUCUAUGUCCUGGACGGUCACAGAGGCAUCAACAAGUGUCUCAACUUCCUAAGUUUCGGUUGCAUUGAGAAAGUGUAUGAAUAGAGCAGGGGUCACCAACGCUGUGCCCGCGGGCACCCAAUGCGCCCACGUGGACCACUUAAGGCGCCCGCGAGGCAUCUUCUAAAAAUAGCAUUCAUUCAUUCAUUUUCUACCGCUUUUUCCUCAUGAGGGUCGCGGGGGUGCUGGAGCCUAUCCCAGCUGUCUUUGGGGCGAGAGGCGGGGUACACCCUGGACUGGUGGCCAGCCAAUCACAGGGCACAUAUAGACAAACAACCAUUCACACUCACAUUCAUACCUAUGGACAAUUUGGAGUCGCCAAUUAACCUAGCAUGUUUUUGGAAUGUGGGAGGAAACCGGAGUACCCGGAGAAAACCCACGCAUGCACGGGGAGAACAUGCAAACUCCACACAGAGAUUGCCAACGGUGGAAUUGAACCCUAAAAAUAGCACUGGUCACAAAUUAUCAUUGUUAUUUUGUGCUUUAAAUUUUGAAUCAGAAUUGCUUACAUUAAUGUAUUUUUUUUAAUCGUCUUAUAACAUCAAAAAUUAAAACAAUAAUUAAAGUUCAUGUGUGCGCACGCGUCCGCUCACCGCUUUUCUGAUAUAGUGCAGCGGUGAUGAGGAGUUAGCUUACUCGUGCAGUUUAGCUCCCAAAAACAUGGCAGAAAAGCGAAAAAGGACUUACAUUUUCCACAGUGAUUUGGAGAAAGAAUAUUUUGAAGAAAAAUGUAUGUGUCUUAUUUGCGGGACGACUGUUGCAAUACCAAAACUUGCCACGAAAGCUUCAAUGCGAGCUACCCACGCGGCAGCGCAUUAAGGACGCAAAAGGCCCGUUUGUUAAAGGCAGCUUUGGACAAACAAAGGACUUUUUUCACUAGGCAGGUGAAAAAAAUCACAGAAAGUUGUUCCCUCUGACUUCUUCUUGUUAAAAAAAAUAUGUUUUUGUUACCAUUAUUGUGGAAAAUAAUUAACAUUGAUAUGUGAGCAGUCGCUUCACAUAGUGUUACUACUACUAUUCCUUUUGUUCUGAUUACUAAAAAGUGAUCCGUGCAGUAUUGUUAUUUUGGAAGUUCACCGCAAAACACGUCAUGUAGCCCUUCAUAAUAUCCAUGCUCACAAAGUAGCCCUCGGACUCAAAAAGGUUGGUGACCCCUGGAAUAGAGCAAUAAUAUUUUUUAGUAUCGAUAUUGUACAGAUUAUGUGUGCAAAUCAAAGUUUAUUGUAUUCACGAUGCUUUUAAUCACAUUCUGACCUCAUAAGAUUCAACACGUGACAUAAUAUACAGUCCAACCUCGGUUUUCAAAUGCUCCUGAUGAAAAUGUUGCCUUGGUCUUGAACACUGUCUCAGUUAUCGUACAGUAUUGUGUGUAACAAGGGUAUGUAGAUAGCAGAUUGCUAGUUUAUUUAACCUAAAACCUAGUCCCGUGCUACUUUGUUGACACAUUACUAUAGUAUUCUGCAGGCACAUUCAUUUAGCUAACUCAAAUAUAUCAUAAUGUUCCAAAAACUAGGACUCAGUUCGCCCUGUGCCGUAUCAUUCUGUGGAAUCCAUUGUCCACACAAACAAUCCCACGUGUUGGUAAUGUAUUUGCUACAAAACGUGCUUGUCAUCGAUAGUUUUUCUCUGUAAGAUGUGUUUUGUGGUAAUAUUUUGGUUGUCCAGAACAAAUUCAUUGGAUUUACAUCCCGAUAUCGAUAAUCCAUGAGUGAAAUCGUCUGAUACCAAACCAUUCACAAAAUGAAAAUGGCCAAGAGCUACUAAUUUUUGUAAUAUUUAUUUCCAUAGCUCAUUUCAAACCAAACAAAACCAAAUGUUUGUUUUACCAGAACAUGAACCAAAUGCUGGUAUCCAUAAAUCACCUUUUGUAUUUUCACAAUGCAUUUAUUAUUAACUGAAAACCUGAAUGCAAAGCAGGUUUAUCCACCUCUGCUAGGUCCCUCCAUCCGCAUCCGCUGCCUUCUGAAGUGCAGAUGCAGCCGACUCCCUCUUCUGUACCCGUAGAGAAGCUACAGGGUCAGGCAAAAUGAUCUGUGACAUAUUUGUAGGUUAAAUAAAAAGCAAAUAAAGUAUUUUCGAAAAGUACAUAUAAUGUCAUUCUGUUUCAUUAUGUUAUAAAAAUUAAGUCAGUUCUGGCGGUGCGAAGUUGGCUGAUUGAUUUUGGUUUCAAUGCAGAUCCAGUAAUAGAUCAUGGCUACCAAUAUUGAAGUGCAAACGGAACGCUCGUUACAGAUUUGUUUUGAUAAACGUGUCCACAAUGAAAGCGUGAUGCUCACCAGUCCAAUUCGUGGCAGCAACUGAAAAAGAAACAAAAAACAAUGGUAUUAUAAAGAAACAAAGGAAAAUUGCAUUGUAUGAAAAAAAUGGCAUUAUAUGUACUAUGAAAAUAAAAACACUUUUUACACUGUUUUAUUUAACCUACAAAUAUAUCAGAUAAUUUUGCCUGAUUCAAAUGCACACAUCAUCCGGAAUCCGACGCAGCCCCGCACACAACCAAAGUUCCUCCUGCACUAAAAGCGCUACAUAGUGUCUCCAUGCUCCCAAAUCCAUAUCCCCAAAUUUUGACCACACUUGCAAGUCCAGCGGGUUGGGACCAGGGCUUUAGCCGAUGUUGAUCCCGUCCUUUUUCACUAAUAUCGUCUGGAACCAAUCGGUAUUGGAGCACCCCUAAUUUACAUCAUUUCUUAUAGGAAAAAUGUAUUCACUUUUUGUAUGAUUCAGUUUUGAAUCGAAUUAUCAAUGAAAACUGAGGUGCCAUUGUAUUUUUUCCUUUCCAUACAUUUCAAUUUAACUUUCUUUUAAUAAUAUUUCUGUCAUAUAGAUUCGAAACAAUUCAGAAUUUACCACAAUGUUGUCAAAGCUGUUGUGUGCAAUUCAUAUCAGUUUGUCAAACACCCAAAUAAUAUUGCAAAUAAUGACGGAUUUUUUUUUUCUUUAAUUCGUAGUGUUUUGGAAGCUGUGAACACGUACAAGUUGUAUAUCGUUUUACUUCGAAAUGAAGCAAUACUGGCAUUUUUUUGUGUGUCCUUGCUGAUCUCAAACCAACAUUUAAGUGAAAUAUAUAUUCUAGCGUUCCUGACACUGUGCAGAAAAUAACCAGGACGAAUCGACCUAAAUUUCGAUUGUGAAGACUGACAAAGGGGUCUUGGAAAAGGGAUGAAAGCAGCUAGAAAGGCUGGGCUAAAAAAGAUGCAUUAAGGGUCAUUAAAACAAAGAAUAAGAUGAAAGGACCCAAAGAAAACACUACUAGUGCUUGGGGGAUGAUUUAUUUUUUAUUCACUUUCCGACCUCGGUUUUUGCCAUCACGUACAUACAAAUCAUUCAUUGUUUCAUAGAACAGCAGCUUUGAAAAACAAUAGUUGUGAACUGAUUUUAGGAAUAUUCAACAAUUAUCACUUCACAGCCAGACAUUAGCCAGUAAGAAUUCGAAGUUUUGGGGAACGUGUACCUUCGACUUAUCUGCCAAUGCAGGUUAGCUAGACAGGAAAGCUUGUUUUUCCCAGGAUUGUGUGUCAGCACUGGUUUUUAUUGACCCAAACCAGCCAUCAAUUUGUCUACAGGACAAUUAAGCUAAUGCUGUAAAAAUGAUGGAGCAAAGUCUAUUUAGUGUUUGGUUUAAUUCUCAUAAAUCCGACCUUUUACUUUCAAGUGUUGUCCCAGUGUAUUUCUGGUGUUUUGUGUUUGUUACCAGUAUUGUACUUAUUAUAAAAUGGACCCGCCUUAAUUUAAUGAUAAAAAAGGACUGUGUUAGAAACACUCUGAGUGAGUGGUAACUUAUUUCAGUGUGCUUCUGUCAGGAUCAGGAUAGGAAAGAAUCUGAAGCGCUAAAAACAGGUCAUGCUGCCCAAUUGGUGGCCUUGUGGUUCCUCUUACAUCCCCAAAACAUGCAUGGUUGACGCUAAACGAUGCGUGUGUGACUGGUUGUUUGUCGAUAUGUGUCCUGUGAUUGACUGCUGACCAGUCCAGAAUGAAUGAAUGGAUGGAUGGAUGGAUGCUAUGCCUCCAAAAUGACUCCAGCUUCAAAAUCGAGCAGUGUGCUAUGCAAAGUGUCUGAGAAUUGGAAUUGAACGUCUAAAAACAACUCGAUAGUAUUCUUCAAUAAACAUCCCUGAGAGUGAUAGGUGUUCAGUCGUUGACCUCAAACAAACAAGUCAUGGUUCUAUUUGUGUAAAUUGCAAUUCAUGUGAUCCGUGUGCACCAAAAAGUAAAUGCAGCAUUGGAAAAUGUUGUUUGUUGAAACUGAAACUGCAGAUGAAUAGUACUCCAUAAAAUGUGUGUACAUGUAAAACUGUGAUCAUAUGUUGUAGGAUGAAUAAAAUUAUAAUA